CAAGCUCGUCCAAUUGUAGAUUGAUAUGAAAUAUUAUUAGAAAAUCAUUUGACUUCUCUUUCCUGAAAAGCAAACAACGUUCGCGCCAUACGAAAAUACAUAACUUAUAAUCUCUACAAGUAUUGUUAGGUAAUAGAAGUACACACGCACUAUCACCGUAGGUAGGUAUCUAUGUAGGUCGCGUUAUUUAGAAAAGGGCAAAAACCUCAUAAGCUCGCUACGUCUUCUUCUUCUUCCAGUCAAACCAAUUUGUUACAGUGGCCUAAGUUUAAACAUUUGAUAGGUGAACCAUUUCAGUCCUCGUACAUUCUUCGUUUCAUGCUAGCUACUGUGAAUUAAUGUGGCUGCGCACCUUCCCGUGGACGUGAUAUCUACAGAGAUAAGCAUUUUAUUGAACUUCCUUCCUAAUACAUUUAAAUUUAUUAUGUUCGUUAUCAGUACGCUCCCAAACAUUAUUGAUGUGUAUUGAAGAUGUGCAAUGGAUUAUAAAAUAAUACUGACCAUUACCACGUGCGUCGCUCUUCAUAGUGUCCAAUGCAUGGAAAUCCCAUCAAAUUGCUCAAAGAGUGAUAAUCGCUGCCUUCAAAAGAGAGAGGAAAUGCACUGGUGUACCGAUCAAGGUUGCAGCACUUGCACUGAUCAUAACUGUCUUAUGACAUGCAAGGGGUUUAACUGCGGAAUCUGUCCGAAGGGCGACUGCUGUAAUGGGACGAACUGUAAUGUGUGCUACAAUAAUAGUUGCUGCGCAACGGAAUCUUGCAAUUAUUGUAUACGGACCUGCAAUUUGGCGUGUACUAAUUAUACGUUGUGUGAAAAAGUCUGCAUAUCUAAGUGCCAUAAGAGUGACAAGACUGUAUUUGUUGUCCCUAGUGCGUUACAUGGUAACCAUGUUACGGUAUACAUACGCGGUACGCCGUACAAAGGUGAUUUAACAUCAAGACCGUUUUCAUCCCAAGAUAAAACUGCUAUUGUUCUAAUCGACGGAGUAGACCACAUCGCCAUGGUUUUAUCUUUACCACAACGUACAUGUAAAGAAACAAAAUGCGACAGCACGUGCAAAGGAGAACACUGUAAUGGCGAGUGUAUGAAGGACUGUCUCUCUAAGUGCAGCAAGGAUUGCAAUAGAUUUUGUCUGGCCCAGUGCUCCAAGUCAUCGCCUAAUAAAGCAUUUAACUACUAUGACACUUUAACACCCGGUUGCUGUCACGUUGUUCAUCCACUAAUUUGCCACAACUCUCCCUUUUUUGGCCAGUCUUACUGCUCUAGGAAAAGCCACAGAGAGUGUUCCGCCAUAUGUACUUCGAAAUUUAUCCAUAUAGGCCCCCGCCAUGGGCAAUUACGUCAGCACAUCCACUGCUACUACAUUCAAGCUUACCCAUACAUCUAUUGCGGAAACUACGUUAUUCAAAAUUGUGACUCGUGUUAUGUAUGUAAUGGAAGCUACAACCCCAGUGAAUGCGUGAAAUCCGUACUGUGUUCAAAUAUAUGCAGGGAAAAUUUUCUGCCGUUUAAACCAACGGCUCCAAAGAAAGAAGCAGCACCCCCUCCAAUGUCUGUGCCACGCUACAUACCAAAUCCAUAUUUACAUCCAUUUGGUUAUUCCUAUUAUAAUCCGAAUCAACUCUUUUCAGGACCUCAACAGUACGGCUAACGGUAUUAGAUACCCACUAAAGUUGUAUCAGUGCAGUGAUUGUUUUAUACAUAUUUCUCUUAGUUAAAUUAGUAUGGAAACUUAAUUUUAGUGGCUCAUAGCUACCGACAGAUUGCUAAGAUGGCAAAACAUGCGUAGUUACGGGUCAAGUAAUUUAUUAAGAUUUUUAACUAUGCAGAGUUAUUUAUUUAAUACAAAAUACAAAUACAAACAUU